GGUGUAGAUUAUAAGAAUAUUCGUCUCUGAGGCUGAAAUACAAGAAAUCGCAUUUCAAAGUUUGGCACGCAUUCCACGCGUGUCGUUUCUUUCACAACAGAAUCCUGAUUCGAGAAGUGCCAGAAUAAGCUCUCUCGUGUUCUCUGAUCGACGUUUACACGGGAGUAAACAAAUACAGAGGAAACCUGCCUUAACAAGCGGUUACGACAAUGACGUCGGGGCUUCCACUCAAAUACGUUGCCAACUUCCUUUUGCCUGGAGCGGACCGGUAUAACCUGAGGCAACCAGAAUACAAAUUUCACUGUCAGACUCGUACAGCCAAGGCUGUCCAGCCUGUAAACGAAGAAAUUGGAACUGCUCGGGCACUGCCCGUUUUCCGCAGAAAGACUUGCGCAGAGGAAAUUGCCGAUGCGUUUGAUCUUUCUGGUCCCCAACUGACGAGGCAACAAUUUAUCGCUGCCUUCACAGAUCCAGUCAUGGAAGUGAGCGAGACAUUCUUAUCACAGGUUUUCGACAUGUUUAUCGAACCAGCAGACAACACCCACGGACAUUCUUUUGACAUGCUUGACGUCGAUGACCUCGUCUGGCAUCUGCUUAGUCAAGAGGGGCAGCUUGGACCAGCAUGUGAUGCUGCAGGCGAUCUCCGAAUGGUGUUGAGAAGAACCACUGAGAAUAUGGUCCACGCUGAUCCUGUCAAAGAGUUUUCAAGCAGGCUCGCCUCCAGAUUUUUCAGCUGCAUCGGAAACAGCAACAGCAAAAAACUGGACACCUUCACAAGUCAGUUUAUGGCACCGUCUACGAAGGUCACAUGUGGGCGACCUCUUGUUGGCAUGCGCUAUGAACUUAUCAAGUAGUUGACCACCCAGUUAUCUAGUGAGGUGGAACUUGUUUCCAAGGUGGUCGACGAGAGGAUUCGUCACAUGGUGAAGCAGCUGGAUGCCGACAUCGAGGAGCUGAAAAGGAGGGAAAGAGUGACACAGGACAGGAACCAAGAGUUCGGGCCCCUUGAGAUAGUCUUGCCGCAAGUCUUCUGUGCACACGCACACACUUUGGAUGUACGUGAGGGUCGGCACGUAGUCAUAACCAGUAUAUCCGCCGAACUCUCUAUGAAGCCUUCUCUAGCCUUAGAUCCGUAUGGUGGAUACGAUUGCAGCAUCGAAGAAAUCGAUUGGAUGAGUCGGUCAAGAGUCUGCAGCAUAUCGUAUGGUACCGGCACCGUUAUGUACCAUUGAAAUACCAUAAAUAUGU